AUGCGGCCUCUCUACUCAGCUUCAGAGUGUAUUCCAUGGCUUGUGGUCCUCAUCAUCGAGUGUCUGGUCAUAGUCAUCCUUAAUAUUAUCACCGUUGUUGUUUUUGUGAAGAAGAAGCGUCAGCUACAGCAGCGGAGUACAUAUUUAAUCAUCCAUCUGGCGAUGGUCGAUCUCUUAGUGGGCGUAGUCUCUGGCCCGCUACAGAUUGAACGAAAAAUGGCGUGGUACUGUCCGCUGUGGAAGUACAGACGAGAUACUCUUUGGUCUUAUCCUUUAUCUUUUGCAUUUUUGCAUUUAUUCUCGUUCGCUUCCCUAACAAAUCUUAUUGCCAUUUCCUUAGAACGGCUACACGCAACAUUUUGUCCAUUCAGGCAUCGCUUUGUGAGGAAAUGGGUUUAUAGAGCCAUAAUUAUUGUCAUUUGGUUAAUACCUAUUGUUAGAGAAGCAGCUCAAAUUUUCUUAGAGGGAAUUGCUGAUCUAGUGGUAAUUGAUACUUACCUGUACAUCCUAUUUUAUGCAGUUUCUCUUUUUGUUAUUUGUGUAUCUUACAUCCUCAUUACCAUCAUAGUAAGAUGUAGUCGUCAUCCUCAAUUCCAUUCCAGGUCCAAAAGAGAAAGGAAACUGACGGGUACUGCGCUUAUUGUCUCACUUGUAUCGUUACUUUGUUUUCUACCUGCGAUGAUAUAUGUAGCGUGUCUUCGCGUUUCCUUCACUUGCGUCAGAAAUUUUCAUAUUGAUAAAGCUGUGUUAGUUCUAUUUUUAGCUAACUCACUUGUAAAUCCUAUAAUUUACGCUCUUCGGAUGCCAGGAUUCAGAAAAUCUUUAUUACAGCUAGUUUACAGGGUCCCAGACCUUUCUGAUGGCCCAGCAAACUUGCUACUUCGUAACCUUAGGAGAGCGUAG